CGACAAAGUCCUUUAUAGUUCAGUAACCAAAUGUUUUUAAGGAGCCAAAUUGGUGGUAGAAUAUUUCGCACGGGAGUAAGUAGUGUCCCUAGUCGAACUUUUAUACCGAAGCGGUCAUUUAAUCUUGCGAGCAAGUUACAAGGUCUUGGAAGAUAUGGACUUAUAAUUAAUAUAUUAUCUGGUGCAUAUUUUGGAGGUAUUUUAGUAUGUAUGGGAUCAUUAUAUUUCAUUUAUCAAGAUGCAAAUGAAAGACAACAUAUUCCAUUUUGGGAUUUAUCAUUAAAACAAAAAAUUACUGCUGUUAAAGCUAUUAAUAAAGAUGAUGUUCUAAGAAGUCCAAGAUAUUCCGUAAAGCAUUAUAAGAGACUAUUAAUUGAUCUUUAUAAACAAGAAAAUCCUGAUCAAGAAAUUGAUGAAACCAAAUUUGAAGUUCCAUUAAUUGACUCCAAUGUUUUAAUUUAUGAAAAAUCCAAUACAUUUGCUAACUUCUAUAUUGAUAUCAUAUUGAGGUAUAGUAAGGCACUUUUAGCCAAGGGACAAUUGGAUGCAUCUAUAUAUAUGUUAAGUUCGAUUAUCAAUAAUGACGAAUUAUUUUUCAGAUUAGGAGAUACAGAAAGAUUAUCUGAAUGCUGUCGUUUAUUAAGUAAAGUGACUCCUAAUCCAGAAGAUAAACUUACUUAUUUAAAACGGUCUAUUUUAAACAUACAAAAGACAUUUCCUACGAGAAUUAAAUUGAAUGAUAAUUAUUUACUUCAAGAUGGAUCACUUAUGACCGAUGAAUUAAUGAAAUGUCUUAAUGAUUUAGCAUUUAAUUAUGUAAAACAAAAUCAUUCAGAUGAAGGUUUAAAUAUCUAUUUUACUAAUUUGAAGUAUAUAAAAUCAGCUCAACAUGCUAUAGCAGAUGGAUCUGCUAAUCAAACAAAUUAUCCAUACUUUAAUGCUGAUGAACAAAAUCUUAAGAUCUUAAGUGUUAAGAUUAGAUCAUAUAUUAGUGAAAUCUUAUGGCUGAAGGGAUUCAAAAAGAAUUCUAUAGCAUGGAAUGAAGAUAUAAUUGAAGAAUGUUUCUUUGAGCACAGUAGUUCUCAACCAUUAACAAUUAUUUUAAAUCAAGUAUUAACUAAUUUAAUAACCAUGUAUGAUUCACUUCAUAACCUUACAUCUAGAAAUAGAUGUGAAAAAAUGAAACAAGAGUUAACCAACUUUGUCGAUACACGUUUGGUUGACGACUGGUAUUUCAAUCUUGUAAAUAGAUUUAGUAGAAUCAUUUAUCAUCGUGGACCGUUAGGUAUAAUUGAAAAGCCCUUAUUAGAGAGAUUCGGAGCUCCUAAUAAACUUCCUGAAAUAGAAGAAAUGGAAGAUGAAGAUGUCGAAUAGAGAAAAGUAUUAAGUAUAUAGUAUUUAGUAUACAGUAUAUAACUAGUUCAUAAUUAAUUAAAUGUAUAUAAUUUUUAGGUAAAUGCUAUAAAAUAUAGUAUGGUAUAGUAUAGUAUAGAAUAAUAUAUUAGUAUAGCAUAUAGGGAAAAG